AAGCAGGAAGCGCAGUGAGGAGCAUUAAACAUAAACGUUUCUGUUGGAAAAAUCCUCCUAAACCCGUUUCAGAGCCAUGGAUCCAGGCCCGGACAGCGACUGGAGGAGCCCGCAGUUCCGACAGAAAGUCGUCGCUCAGAUCGAGGAGGCGAUGAGGAAGGCGGGAACCGCUCACACCAAGUCCAGCAACGACAUGGAGAACCACGUUUACGUCAAAGCCAAAUCCAGAGAGGAGUAUUUAUCUCUGGUGGCGAGGCUCAUCAUCCACUUCAGAGACAUCCACAAGAAGGCUCUCGGAGGUCCAGAUCCCAUGAAUGCCCUGACUAACCUGACAGGGGUUGGAGGGGGCCCGGGCGCCAUCGGCAUGGGGCCUCGCCCCACCGGUGCUCCUGUGGGUGGCAUGGGGGCCAUGGGGCAGAUGCAGAUAGGCCAGCAUGCCAUGGCAGGGGUGGCUGGAAACCCACAAGCCAUAGGGGGUCCGGGCCAGAUGCCGAUGCAGCAGAUGGUGCAGGCGCAGCAGCAGCAGCAGCCCAUCCAGUUCCAGCAUUUCCAGCAGGCCCAGCAGCAGCAGAACGCCAUGCAGCAGCACCACCAGAACCAGCAGCUGCAGCAGCUGAGGGUGCAGCAGCAGCUGCAGCACCACCAGAACCAGCAGCAGCAGCUGCAGCAGCAGCACCAGAACCAGCAACAGCAACAGCAACAGCAGCAGCAGCAGCAGCAGCAGCAGCACCAGAACCAGCAACAGCAGCAGCAGCAGGCCCAGAACCAGCAGCAGCAGAACCAGAUGCACCAAUCAAGGAUUCAGCAGCAGCAGCAGCAGAUGGUGCAGCUGCAGCUCCAGCAGCAGCAUGCUCAGGCUCAGGCGCAGGCUCAAGCUCAAGCUCAAGCUCAAGCUCAAGCUCAAGCUCAGGCGCAGGCUCAGGCUCAGGCUCAAGCUCAGGCUCAAGCUCAAGCCCAGGCCCAGGCUCAGGCUCAGUCCAUGCAGCACAUGGUUCAGCAGCAGGCCCAGGCUCAGGCUCAGCCAGGCCAGAUGCCUCAACACCCUCAGCAGCAACAACAGCAGCAGCAGCAGCAGCAACAGCAGCAGCAGCAGCAGCAGCAGCAGCAGCCCGGCAUGGUGCCUCAGUCUCUAGCCCAACACGUUCCCAUCAACUCGCUGAGUCAGCAGCAGCACCAGAUGAAGAUCCAGGCCUUCCAGCAGGCGCGGGCAGCCUUGCAGCAGCAGCAGGUCCAGCAGGCGCAGCAAGCAGCGCAGCAAGCCCAGCAGGCUGCAGCACAGGCGCAGCUCAACGCUGCAGCCGCUGCUGCCGCCGGCGGCGUGCCGGGACAGGUGAGACUGCAGCAGCCGCAAGCUCAGUUGGUCCGUCCAGGGAUUCAGAUUCAGCCUCGGAUGCCUCGAGCUGCUCUGAAUCAGUCCAUCCCUCCUCCAAAUGCGGCAGCAGCCACCGCAGCUGCUGCGGCUGCUGCAGCAGUGGGAGCACAGAGCAUGAACCAGCAGGUGCAGCAGCAGCAGCAGCAGCAGCAACAGCAUACGAUGAUGUCAUCGCCCUCCCCGGUGCAGGUGCAGACCCCCCAGUCGAUGCCCCCCCCUCCCCAGCCGUCCCCACAGCCCCCUUCCUCCCAGCCCAACUCAGCCAGCUCCGGUCCCACUCCGUCUCCGGGGGGGUUUCAGCCCAGUCCGUCCCCUCAGCCCUCACAGAGCCCCGCCAACGCCAGGACGCCACAGAACUACGGCGUCCCCUCCCCCGGCCCGCUCAACACCCCAGGUAACCCCAGCUCGGUGAUGAGUCCAGCGGCCAUGUCUCUAGAGGACCAGCAGUACAUGGAGAAACUAAAACAGCUGUCCAAAUACAUCGAGCCUCUACGCAGGAUGAUCAAUAAGAUCGAUAAGAACGAAGACAGAAAGAAAGACCUGAGCAAGAUGAAGAGUUUACUGAACAUCCUGACGGACCCAAACACCAGGUGUCCUCUGAAGACGCUGCAGAAGUGUGAAAUCGCUCUGGAAAAACUGAAGAAUGACAUGGCUGUGCCGACCCCCCCUCCCCCCCCUGUGGCCACUAAGCAGCAGUAUCUGUGUCAGCCGCUGCUGGACGCUGUCAUGGCAAACAUCCGCUCACCUGUGUUCAACCACAGUCUGUACCGGACCUUCGCCCCCGCUAUGACCGCCAUCCAUGGACCCCCCAUCACGGGUCCGAACGUCUCCGGCAGGAAGAGGAAGCACGAGGACGACGAGCGGCAGAGUAUUCCUAACAUCCUGCAGGGAGAAGUUUCCAGACUGGACGUCAAAUUCCUCGUUAACCUCGACCCGUCCUUCUGCAGCAACAACGGGACGGUUCACCUGCUCUGCAAGCUGGAUGAUAAGAACCUUCCCAGUGUUCCUCCUCUGCAGCUCAGUGUUCCUGCAGAUUAUCCUGAUCAGAGUCCGUACUGGGCCGACGAUGGAGAGCAGUACGGUGCGAACAGUUUCCUGCAGUCGGUCCACAGGAACAUGACGUCCAAACUGCUGCAGCUGCCUGACAAACACUCGGUGACGGAGCUGCUCAACACCUGGGCUCAGAGCGUCCGCCAGGCCUGUCUGUCAGCAGCCUGAACACACACACACACACACACACACACACACACACACACACACACACACACACACACACACACACACACACACACACACACACACACACACACACACACACACACACACACACGCUCAGAGGGUUUACAUGGACACACAUCCUCCCUGUAUUUCUACAUUUACACCUUUUAAAGUGUUUCCAGUCGUACAGGAAGAAGAGAAACAUCAUGUCUCCUGAUUUACAUAGUGUCCCUGAACGCAUCACGUUUCUGUUCAUUUCACUGGGUGACGUCGCCGCUCUGUCUGAGAUGUAAAGUCAGUUUUUUUUGUACCGCAGAGGAGCGACGAUAUGAUAUUACACUGAGGGAAGAAUAAAAAACUC